UUGAAUGUUUAAAAAAUUUUGUAGAGGAUUUUAUUAUAAUCACAUAUACCAUAAUAAAAAAUUAAUUUUAGGUAUUGAAACGAGUUGUGAUGAUACAAGCCUAGCAUUAUUAACUUAUCCGGAUGGCGAUAUUAUAGGAACUAGCCAUAAAUCUCAACAAGCUUUUCACUCAUUUACUGGAGGUAUUAAUCCAAUAUUUGCUCGUGAUUUCCAUGAAAUCAAUAUAGAAAAAUGUUUUUCUGAAAUCGAAAUUAAAUUGAUUAAUUAUCUAAAAUCACAGAACAUUUAUAUAUCCAAUGAUAAUUAUCAUAUAUGGAAAAAUCUCAUGGCUAUUGCUGUAACAACAAAACCUGGCCUACCAUUAUCAUUAGAAAUUGGCAUUGAAACUGCUAAAAGAAUAUCUUCCUUAGUCAUGCCCCCUAUACCUAUAAUCCCUAUACAUCAUAUGGAAGCCCAUGCUCUGACACCUCGUAUUCCUGAAACUGUAUCUAAUUUAAGUCCAAAAAAUCAAUUAAAAUUUCCUUAUCUGUGCUUACUAAUUUCUGGUGGACAUUGUUUAUUAGUUUGGGUAAAGGAUGUAUCAGAUUUUUAUAUUAUUGGGAAUACUAAGGAUAUAGCUCCAGGAGAUGCUUAUGACAAGAUAUCAAGAAAAUUAGGUUUAAAUUAUGACAUGAGAUUUAAUGGAAUGAGUGGCGGUAAAUCGAUUGAUACAAUUAUAUCUAACAUCUCUAAUAAUUUAAAAAUAAAAAAUAAUAUUAUCAAUCCUAUGAGUAAUUAUGUAAGUUGUGAUUUUUCAUUUAAUGGAUUAUUAUCAACAUUUUUAAAUUUGAUAGACCAAUGUCAGCUUAAGUAUAAAAAUGAAUGUGAUGACUUUAUCUCUGAUGAUUAUAAUGAAUCUCCUAUAAUUAAAAAUAAUUCUUUUGUGGAAUAUUACAAAAAACAAUUAAAUGGAAUUACUAAUUAUCAAGAUUAUAGCAAAAAUUCGUUAUAUAUACAAAAUUUAUACGAUUUUUCAAAGGCUCUAAUUGCUACAUAUUUUCAACAAAUUUUAACAGAGCAUAUUAUGCAAAAGACCAUUCGAGCUUUUGUAUAUUGCGAAAAACAUUUGAUUCCCUUUAUUAAUGAAGUACCUGUUUAUAAUUUUGCAGUAUCUGGUGGAGUUGCUAGUAACAAUUAUAUACGCACUUCUUUGCAAAAGUUAUGUCAAACUUGGAAAUGGAACCUACAUAUUCCUGACCCAGAACUAUGCACAGACAAUGGAGUAAUGAUAGCUUGGAAUGCUAUUGAAAAGAUAAAAUCAUUAACUAACAAAAAUCAAAAUAUAUGUGAUUACGAUUUAUUAAUCAAAAAAAUAAAUGAAUUUGUUCCAGAUUUAAAUAUUCAAAAUAAAAGUUCAUUUGGUAUCUCAAUUGUGGAAGAUGUAACAAUUGCAAACCUUAAAAAUAGAAUAAUAAAGAGUCAUAUGUUGGAUAAAAAUAAUAUUCAAAAAAUCAUGAAAGUUGAAUGAAUAUUGGUGAUAUCAGAAUAAUAUAUAUCAAUGUGUUAAAUCCAUUAAAAAACAGUUUAUUCAUAAUCAUAAUUAGAGGAUAGUCAUAUUCAGGAUUUUCCUAAGGGAAAGGUAUCCCUGGGUACUGGAACACUUUAUGCCCACUUUUUCAAGCCUUUGGUUAGGGUAAAAAAAUUCACAAAAACAAACCUAUAAUAUUUUCCCAAAAUGUUUAGUAAUUUUUUGAUUUAUAUUUUUUAAUAAAUAAUAGAAUAUUAGUGUUUAUAAAAUAAAAUUGAUAUUUUUUUUGGAUCAGUAAAAAAAAGUCUGAACUUUAAAAUUAUAUUUGUUCAGUAAAAAAAAAAUAUGACUCAAAAAAAAGUAAUCACAUUUUUUCACCAACUUGGGACAAUAUUUUUAAAUCACAAACCAACUUUCUUGAGGGGUUAGAUAUAUAUGAUUUAGAGCAGUGAUGAAACUUCCAUACUAAAAGAAUUAUUAUCAUUAAGCCAGCUAUAAAAGAAUAAAAUGAAUUUCACCUUAAUAAAAUUUAAGUCGCCAUUGCUACCUGCCAACUAUACAUUCCUACCAUUAAUCUCCAAGACUUUAACAUGGCUCGGCUCUCAUGCCCUAGCCUUUUUUAAGGAGCUGGGGCACCAGAUCUCUGCUAUGACCGAGGAUCCCAACGAGGGAUACUACCUACGUCAGAGAUUGGCCUAAACAUAAUAAAGUGCAAUCAUCUCAGCUUUAUAUUUUCAAUAACCGAAGCCCCCUGAUUCAACAUGGGCAUAGGAUAUGCUUAGGCUAUUUUUCUUCCAAUUAUAACGUUGACGCUAAAAAUGAACUUGGAUCUCAAGCGAUAAAAGACAGCAAAAAUUAAUGACAAAAGCAAAAACACAAAUAAAAAUGCGUAGAUGUUGAGAAGAUCAGUGGCCACCAAAGUAAAGCCAAUGCUACUUUUUAGAUGAAGAAUUCGUAAAUUUUCACUUACUUAAAUUAUUAAUAUUAUAUAAAUUUUCAAUUAAAUUAAUAUUAUACUAAU